CAGUCUUUGUCACUGGACUGAAAACCUGCUCUCACGGUGGUCACAGACACAGAGAGGCUGUCAUUCCGAGCUCGCUGUGCUUGGGAAGCAUGGACUUGAUGGAAAGUUUUUUUGUUGCUCUUGGGGCUGCAGCUGUCGUCUACUAUGGAACAAAACUGGUGCUUUUCAGUAGGAUGCUUUUCCCUAAACUGUGCUUUCCGCUGACAGACACCUUCUUUACUGCUAUGGGAGAGUGGGCAGUUGUGACUGGUGCAUCAGAAGGCAUAGGAAGAGCAUAUGCACAUGCACUGGCUGAGCGAGGGAUGAACGUGGUCAUCAUGAGCAGAACCAAAGACAAGCUGGAUCGGGUGGCCAAGGAAAUAGGUAACAGCACGGGACAGAAGGUGAAAGUGAUGGUAACAGACUUCAUAAAUGAAAAUAUCUUUGGUGAAAUUGAGGACCAGCUGAAGGACCUCAACAUUGGGGUUUUAGUCAACAACGUAGGCAUGCUGCCCAGCAUCUUCCCCUGCAGGUUCCUUGAGUCUGAGGAGUUGGAGAAGACAAUUACAAAGGUGAUAAACUGCAAUGUGAAAACAAUGGUCAAGAUGUGCAAAACAAUCCUCCCAGGCAUGGAGACCAGGGGAAAAGGCCUGAUUUUGAAUAUUUCGUCUGGAAUAGCCUCCGUCCCAUGUCCCCUGUACACCCUAUAUGGAUCGUCAAAGGUGUUUGUGGAGAGAUUUUCCCAAGCUCUACAAGCUGAAUACAGACAUAGAGGAGUAAUAAUACAGGCAAUAGCUCCAUUUGGGGUCUCUACUCAAAUGACGUGUUACCAGCGAACGAGUACAGUGACUCUGUCGCCAGAAGACUUUGUAAAAAGUUCCCUGCAGUACAUCCGAGCUGGAGAUAAAACAAACGGCAGCAUCUGUCACACAGUCCUGGCCUGGAUAAUGCAGUCUAUUCCUUGCAAGAUCCUCCAAGCAGAAUGCGUCCUGCGCAGGGUGCAAGACUUUGUGAAGGAGAAAGCAGCGAAGGAGGGACUGAGCCGUACAUCGAGAGUGUCUUUGGAAAACGGCCGGAACAAAUAGAAAAUGUGAAGACGUCUGGCUCCUCAUUAAUAACACUGUAUACAUGUGUCUGUGUGUGAACUACGCGUGCCUUGUGUUAGUUUUUAUGUGUACUUACUUUUUGGACCUUUUUUUUAUGAGUCUCAAGGCAUAUUAUGUCUUGAUUUAUGUCAAAUUUUGUAGCAAGGGAGGUGAGGACUCAAACGCAGGACAUGCCUACAGGUGACCAAAGACGAGAUGAAACUAAAGAAAUGAAAUUAAGAUUUUCAUGAAGACUGAGUGAGGCAGGAAUAUCCAAAUAAAAUAAAUCCAGUAAAAUGCAAAACCCAAUAGAUCAAAAGCAAGAAAACAAUUGACCACUAAACUUGUUAAUGCAUUCAAGUUUAAAUUAUUGUAAACUUGUGAACGUCCUUUAUAGUUAAAAUUAACAUUUUAUCCUUUGGAUUUAAUGUAUGUAACUAAAUAAUAAUACAACCGACAAGUG